CGCUGCGGCUUUGCGGUGGGGAGGAGGCGUCAGUUGAUCGUAUGAUCAGAGAGAACAGCCACAUUUUCACAGAUGCUCAGUGUAAAGUGUGCAGUGCAGUGCUCAUCUCAGAGUCUCAGAAGCUAGCUCAUUACCAGAGCAAAAAACAUGCAAACAAAGUGCGGCGGUACAUGUCGAUUCACGGCGAAGAGGAGCUCCGUCAGGGGAAGAAGAUAAAGCUGGAAACCAAGCAGGAGAGCAGCAAUGGAGAGGACAGGAACAAAUGCUGCCCCAUCUGUAACAUGACCUUUUCCUCUCCCGUUGUGGCCAUGUCUCACUACUUAGGCAAGACUCAUGCCAAGAACCUGAAGCUGAAGCAGCAGUCCCCCAGAGUGGAAGUAACGAUGCCUCCACAGAAAUGCCCGGCUAACUUUCCUCCCUCUGCUGUAUCUUCCAACGAGGAGAACCAGAGCACUUCUGACCCAGACAAGUUCUGCAGCCUCUGCCAUGCCACUUUCAACAAUCCGCUCAUGGCAAAACAGCAUUAUGUAGGCAAGAAACACAGAAAGCAAGAGACCAAACUCAAGCUGAUGGCACACUAUGGUCGUACUCCUGACGCGCCUGCAUCCUCCUCCAUGGCUGGGAAGGGGUACCCCUGCAACACAUGUAAUAUAGUACUGAAUUCCAUAGAGCAGUACCAAGCUCACAUCAGCGGCUUCAAACACAAGAAUCAGAUGCCAGGAGCAGUGCCCAGCGUAGGACGGUUCCCCAGGCAGCAGUAUGUUCGGGAAGAGUCAACUGCCCCCGGGGGCUACAGUUACUUCAGCCAGGACUUCUAGAGCAAUCUGCAGCCCUGUUCUUGGAGCUGUCAGGGGCCCAAGAACGAGCAUUCUUUGCCAGCCCACAGUGGCUUCAUUAUCCCUCUGGAUAAGCAAAGCCAUUCCCUCCCGUGUGCGCCUGUUGGUCAGCCCCAAGGCUGGACAUCUCUUUGACGAAGGAUCCAGCAGAAGCAGACGUUGGACAGCAGGACCUUGCUCCCCAAGAGCGGUUCUCAUUGUGCAGUCUCUUCCUGUGUGGCUGGUGGGGCGAGGAUGUGUCUGGUACAGGCAGGAUCCAACAGCUGCAAACAACCUGUCUCAAGGACACCUCCUCCCUCACCUAGAACAAACGGCAUGUAAUUCCUGCAUCUGAUGAGUCAACAUCCUGUGCCAGGGGGUAUCUGUCACCGAAGGAAGUCUCCUGGCUCUCACAAGGCAAUGGCUAGGAGGUGAGGUGUGGACUGGAUGCUUCGCUACACUGACAGAUUAGCCUUGCCCAGGCUUAGACUUGGAAAUCCUAGAGCUAGGUUUCUUCCUGACCCCUCCCCCAGUUGUGGUUGUGCACAAAGUUUCUUGGUCCAUUGACCGCCAUUAGGGCAUGUCUGUAACUCUGCAGAUGUUGAAGCAGAGAGUACAAGCUGUUGGGUCUCCAGAGAACUCUCAGGACCCCAUUGGCCUCCAAUCCUGGCACUUUUCACUUGAAAGGAAGGAAACUUUCAAACCCUCCUUGCAAAGGUUUUUUGUCAAACAUUCAUGUCAGUCUGAGAGAGGAAAUGGAUGAAUCAGGUGAUUUUCCAUCAAAACCUAAAGAUGGUAGCAAAUCUUGAUGUGCUGCUAGCAAGGCUGAGCUCCUUGGGAGAAUGCUCCCAAACUCGGUAGAGGAGACCCCUGAAGGAAGGGCUAAGGGGGCUUUGAAUCUCAGAUCACUUUUGUGUGGUAUUUUUUUCCUUCAACUGAGGUAUUUUCCUUUUAGUCUCUGCUAAGCUUCUGCACAAAGCUGCACACUCCCAACUGGGCUGUCCACGCAUUCUGUCCGACACCCCUUCCCUAUUCCAGGCCUUGGCAAGCCCCCAUCUGGCUGUCUUCCCUCAUCUCAUCUCUCAUGAGGCUUGUCUUGGCUGUGGGGCUUCCCAGAUCUUGUGCAGGUCUGUCGUGCUGCUGACAUCCAGCCUUCUACAGGAGCAAGACAUGCCCAGCCUCUGCGACGCAUUUGGACAGUGACUUCCUGGGGCCGAUCGGCGGGAGUGUUACAGCUGUGGAUGCUGUGUGUAUGUCAAAGCUGGGGAGAGGGGGGUUGGACUAGAGGCUUUACUGCUUUGUGGAGGCUCCUUCUCAGGUGGUUGGGAUUGCAAAUCCAGGCCAUGACUUUCUCCCUGAACCCUGUGUGAAGCAGCUCAUGUUGGCAUAAGGCUGGGAGCUGACCUGGGCUCCAAGGCGUAUCCAAGAUGACAAGCACCGGUGAAGUGAACACAAAGCAAGGGGACCAGCUAAUCUCUGGGCUAGCACCCUCCCAGCCCCCAGUCCAGGCUGCAGCUCCCCUCCGCAGCCAAACGUGCAUUCUUGCACUAGAACAGGCUGUGGCUGCUCUGCCUAGAGCUGUCCAGUCCUGCCGUACUGCGGCGCCUGUAGGCUGGCUUAGUGUCCUGCUGAAAAGCCCGUCCAAACGUCAGACUGUCUAAUGAGCAGUAAACUCUAACAAACCGAGGGAAACGCUCUGUGCAUUAUGCACACCCUCAUCCUGUGCUCCUUUUAGCUAGCUCUAGUCUCACUGUGCCAGUCUCAAGUUCCUGGUGGCAGGCAGGCACUGUGCGUUAACACCAGGAGCCGUGUGGGCUCUGCUCCCGCCCAGUCUGGGGUACAGCUCACUUGGUGCGUGUACUGUCAGCGCUGCCUUGUCUGCUACCCAGUGUCUGGGGAGCUGCUGUUUCCCCAGGAUGAGCUCUGAGUAGAGUCUUGCUGUUUGUGUGUAGUGUGUGUGGAUUUGCUGUUGCAGUUCAGGUUCAUACGCAUGGCAGAAAAGCAGGCUGGGGUCAGCUUGCCGUCUUGGGCUGCUGCAGCCCAGGCCUACUGGGGCUGGAACCCAUCGCUGAUGGGUUUUCUUACACUGCUGUGGGUGGGGCUGUAGCUGGUUGCCAACCAGGGCAACCACUGGGUGAGUUAAGGGAGAGUCCAAAUCUGGAAGCUUCUUCCCCUUUCACUGUUGCAAAAGUUGUGCCAAACAUGUUUGUCCAGGGCAGUUGUGAGAGACUGCGUCCUAUUCUUCAUAGGGUUAGGCAGCGUGUGGUGGGACAGACAGCACAGCUGUGCUGGUGUUCAGCGUGUGUACAACCCACUCAUAAUGGGACAAUGUUUUCAUGCAUUGAGACCAAACUUAGCCUAGUCCAGUGUCUCCUCAUUCCUGCCCGGCUGUGCCCAGCACUCUGCACCAUAUGCCCAGGCGUAGAGCUUGCCAGCUGCCCCAUGUGGUGACAGCAUUCCUCUGCAAGGUGCUGCCAUGCUGAGAGAUGCACUCAGCAUACGCCCGGCAGUGUGAGGCGGCUGGUUUAUCCAUGAGGGAUGGGUCAGGCAGGUAUCUUGAGGUACCAGACUCUGGCUGUGUAAAGCCUUCCUUGAAUUGGCCUUGAUUCUUCAGGGCUUGGCUCUGUGCUGGGGCCUUGUCCUGUGUGCAAGGUGACAGCACAGCACACAAGGGGCAUGUGCAGUAUGAGAGAGCAGAGCGGGAAUGUGGCUUCCUUGCUUUGCUCAGAGUGUAGAAUCGGGAUUAUCCUGCCCUGAUUUGCAUUUUAUUUGUGGUAGCUAAGAGGCUGUGUCUUAAUAAGUGUUUCACAACUUGAAAGACAGGCAAAUACAGUACUGGGAUACCUUGAUCCUCACACUGCCUCAGCUGGGGGGAGGGACGGGGUGACUUCCUGGCAUUUCCAUUUGCUUCAUGCCCAUUUGAAAAAACCACCCACUGCCUUGGGUAUCCUGAGGGAAAAUGUGCAGCUCCCCCAGGCUCAGUAUCCUGAGAACUUGCUUCCCUAGUGGAUGGUUAGGGCUGGCAGCUGCCUC